AUUGUUUGUGUAUUGAUGAGUGUGCAAGGACAUACAGAGGCACUGAGAAGGCUUUUGACCCUGAGAUACGUUAAGAUGAAGACUUUCAGCAUGAAGAUUGUUGUUCUACUUGGAUUUGUGAUGCUUCUCUCUAUUGCUUUGGCUGAGCAUGAGCAUGGCCAUCAGCAUGUCAUUGAGAAGCGCUCUUCAAGUGAAGAGCGUGUCCGUGGCCCUGGCCCUGGCCCUGGCCCUGGCUUUCCAAACUUUCUCCAGCAGUACAACUACCUUCUGCUUCUGCAAAGACUUGGUCUUGUCCCAGCCCCUGCAGCACCAGCCCCAGCUCCAGCCCCAGCUCCAGCUCCAGCUCCAGCCCCAGCUCCAGCCCCAGCCCCAGCCCCAGCCCCAGCCCCAGCCCCAGCCCCAGCCCAGCCCCAGCCCCAGCCCCAGCCCCAGCUCCAGCCCCAGCUCCAGCCCCAGCUCCAGCUCCAGCUGGUCGCUGAGAAAGUACAUGAAUCAGAAACUUCAACUCAACAAGAGCAAGAUAUGGUUGAUGAAAUGACCAGAACAUUAACUGACAAUAAGUACUGUAAUAGCUGUCUUCCAUAUUUUGCCUGAGUUUCCCUUUAAUGUACUUGCUGUAUGUCUAUCUGCAAUGCAAUAAAGAUGAUUUGAAAUGGCA